AUGUCGCCUUUCCGUGAUCCUCCAGCUGAGGUCAUCAACGCAUGGGAGCUUAUGGCGGGCCGAAAAAGCCUAAAGUCGGGGACUUUAACCAGCAGCCUAACGGGAAUCGAGCCCGGAAGCUCGAUGAAGUUCUUGAGCCAAGAGGGCACGAAGAAGCCGUCUCCUAGACUGUGGGCCUCGAUCAAAGGUAGCUCGAGUGUUAAAAGAUCCGAGAGUAUGAGGUUCUUGUCCGGAAGGAGGAUUCUUGGCCUGUUGUUCGACUUGGAACUCUUGGCCGAGUUCGAAAGGGAGGUAUCCGAAGAGGAAGAACCGAAGAAGAGAUCAAGAAAAUGA